GUGACGGCAAGCGAGAAGACCGUCGUUGCCACGUCCGCCGCUCUCUUGUGCGCGCGCGCGCCCGCGCACUUCUUCUUCCCUCUUUCUCUUUUAACUCUCUUACUCUUAUUCCGUUUCUACUACUCUACCUUUUGCGAUGCGUUCUUCGUCCUAUCUUCGAGUUCUCUCUCUCUCUCUCUCUCUCUCUCUCUGUCUUUCUCGUUUUCACUCCCGGCGCCACCUCCUCCCACUAGCCUUGUAUACACCGUAUAGCGUAUACUCUUGGCAUAAUACUUAACCCACACACAUACAUAGAUACAUAUAUACAUACAUACUUAUACAGAGUACAAACCAGCGUUCUCUUAGGCUGUCGUGCGUAGCACGCCUGUAACUCUCCUCGACCACGCGAUAUCUUCGUGGUAGUCGUGCGAGUAGCCUUCGUAAGAUUAUAUGUGCCUUAUGUUAGUAUUCGUCGGUAGCGGUGUGGGAUCCCGUUGCUACGCCAGUAGCGUCGACAGCGUAGACGUUGCACUCUCUCUUUCUUUCUCCCAUUCGUUCUCUCUUUUACUCUUUUCUACUCGUUCACUUCUUCUUUUGCAAGAAGAGAUAUUGAGAGAGGGAGAGACAAAAGGAAAAAGAGAGAGAGAUAAAGAGAUAUAUAGAUAAACUGUGUGCAAACCGCACCGGUCCUAUUGGUGUCGCUCCUAUUGGUCGAGCAACAGUAACAGUAGCAGCAGGCAGGAGAGGACGAUGACGGAACGCAAAAGUGCUGAGGAUCGAGAAUUAACAGAAGUCAACAACAUGGAGUCCUGUGAAAAGAAACCACUGGUUAAAGAUUUGAACGAACAUAUCGUCUGUCCACUUUGCAGGGGUUACCUCGUUGAUGCUACCACCCUCACGGAGUGUUUACAUUCCUUUUGCAGAGGAUGCAUUGUCAGACGUUUGAGUAGCGGUGCCCGAUUGUGUCCUGUGUGCAAUGAAUCAGCAUCCCCACCACUGUUACCGGAUGCACGACUUCAGAGAUUGGUGUAUCUGGUUGUACCGGGUUUGUAUCGUUCAGAAUUAGAACGCAGACGACACUUCCGUUUAGUAAAUCCACAAUGUCCGCCAUUGCCGCAACCGUUCGGUGCAUUGGAACUAACGUUGGACGAUUUGGUUAGUUUGAGUCUUCGUGAGUUAACUGAUACGAAUAACGAAAUGACAAGAUCGUCAAAAAUGUGUUUGGAAGAUAAUAAUAAGGAAAUUCGAGAACCAACAACGAGAUACAUGAAAUGUUCGGCAGCCGUGACGGUCCGUCAUUUGAUUCGUUUGUUGACUUCUAAAAGAGGUUGGGAAGAAACUAAUUCAGGAGUUAAUGUCGCCAAUAGGAUUGAAAUGAGUUGUGAGGAUUACAACGGAAAUGGUGAUCACCGGAAACCGAGUGUUUUAGAACUGUCAUGGACGUUGUUGGACUUGGCUUGUAUCUUCGGUUGGAAACAGGAAGCACCAUUGAAGUUAUUUUAUCGUAUCGUACGAAAAGAUGAGACAACAACAACAGCAUCAACUUCAAAAUCAAAUCCUUGCAACGAAGAUACGAACAAGGACAAUCCUACGAUGGAAAAUAUUCAAAGACCACCAACCCCACCACCAAGUCCUAAACCAGUUCAAGAAAAUGAAGUUGAAUCCCGUCGUACUUUUAAUACUGGAACGGAAACGGUUCCUCAUCGUGCAUUGGAAAGUUCCAAAGAACGUGACAAAGAAACGAAAUCAAAGAAACCACGUUGCGAGGUAACACCCGUGAUGAGAGCACCGGAUCCCGUUGGCAUUUCAUCGUCAGUCACGAUGCAACAGAAUAAUAAUAAUCAUGCUUCAGAGAGUUCAAGGACGAAGGAAUUAGCAAGAUUGGAACAUCGAAAACGAAGGAAACGACGAAACAAACGAGUAAUAGCGGAAAUCACAACCACGCCGAGAGAGGAUCUUCUUAAAUUGAAGGUUAGGUUAACUCCUUGUCCACCGAGAAUUACGUCCAGCAGUAGUGGUGGUCAAGCUAAAGAGAAAUUAUUACAAAUGAGGGCCGUAAGACGAGAAAAGAUCAAGGCCAGUUGUGCAUUGAGUCAACAACGUUCGGUUAAUUUAUCGAGAGACGAAAAUACUUCCAAGGAAAUUCCCAUGGAAUCUGAAGAAACGAUAGAGGAUAUUAUAGAUUGCAUACCUGACGAAGUGGUACGUGUUGCGCAAAACAUUUCUAUUCCGCAAAAUUCGCAUGAUGAAAAGAAAUCACACGAGAAGAAAGAUAAUCAAAAAUCAUCACCCAAAGUAUCGAUUCGUCAGAAAGACGAUACACCCAAAUUGUCAAUCGAAGAAGCCAAAGGAACAACAACAACAACAACUACAACAACGUUAACAACAUUAACAACGACAACAACGACUACAACAUCAACAGCAAUCGUAGCAGCAACAGCAACAACAAUUCCAAUGGAACGUCCAAAGAAAGAUGAAGAAAUAUUACGGAGGUUAGGUUUGGUUGCGAUAAAUGAAGCAAACGAAUCAUUAAGAGACAAAAGUAAACAACGGGGCCAAAAUUACAACGACAAACCUAACGAUUUGGAUCGUGAAAAGUUAGAAAAACAAUUGCGCGAGAGUAAAGCCAAUCGCGUUAGAAGUUUAUUAGCAGAAAAACAAAUGCGUGAUGCAUUGAAAGGUAUAAUGUCGACUAAAACGAAAGAAGAAAUAAAUACAAUAACAAUAACAACAACAACGACGACGAAUACGACAACAACUUCAACCAACACGACGAUUAGUUCUACGGUCAAUGAAGAAGGAAAUAAUAAAUUGAUCAAAACGCCGAUUAAAAUAUUGAAAAAUUCUGAUGGAAAUUACGAAGUUUUGAGGGGUACACCCACUCAUUAUCAUUCCAGAGAACAGAAUUCGAAUUCUUGCGACGUCAAAAGUAGUACGAGCCCUGAAUUUAGUGUUGUUGACAGGGAACCAUCAUCUGCUGGAUUGCUAUUCCAACAUCUUCAGAAAGAUAAGGACAAACUACAAACUAUGGAAAAACAGGAAAAACAUAAACGUAAAGUAACUUUCGUGGACAAACCAACUACGGUAAAAAGCAUGUUUAAUAUGUCAAAAACUAUUAUUAAAAAGGCCGCUGAACAAAAUGAUCGUAAAAAACAAUUUCUACAAGGAUUUCAAUUAGCGGCUAAAGAACCGGCUAUUGAUAAUUUACUUCUAGAUAAAACCUCGAAAAUGAACAAUGCGAACAAUGCAAGUGGUGUAGUAGUUAGUGAAACUAAUUCGAACGUUAGUAAAAAAGAACACAAUAAUGUUAAAAACAACAACGGUUUAGAUAAAAACGAUGGUAUUAUAGACAAAACCAAUAACAUGGAAAAUGGUAAGGUCGGAUACGGAAAUUCAAUGAACGAUAAUAAGAAAUCUAUUAAUAAUACGAUAAUUAGUGUUUUUCCUAAUGUGAAAUCUAAUAAUGUUAAUAACAAAUCAUUUGCCGAUUCCGAGACUCGCGUUAUAGGUUUGAACGCUAAUAGAAAUGUUAACGUUAAUAAUAUCAACAAUUCUUCAAAAAUAGACGUUUAUACAUUCCCAAACGAUCCACCACCACCCGUAGUCCCGGUAGGUGCUGUUAAAAGAAAAUGUCCACCCGGUUUACCGAUUUCCGAAGUUAAACGCAAACGACAACAAACGAGUCCAACGUCGCAAUCCGCGAAAAAGUUGGCUAAUGUGUCGACGCAGCAAAAUCUUCCGAAAACAUCUAGAAAGUGUGCAAACGAUCAAUUGCAACUACAAUUACAACAACAACAGCAACAACAGCAAAUGAUAUCACCAAAGAAACCUAUGAACGUUAUCAAUGAUUCCGGUCCUAGUCGUGCGAUUAAUGUUACGUCACCUAAAACCUCACCUCAAUCUAAUCAAUUAUUUUCUAACGAUACGAGAAAUUUGUUGGAUGGUUGUGGUUUAAAUAUACCUGCGAGUUUGAGUAUAACAUUGACAGCACCCAAAUCUCCAGGUAAUAAUGGUAACAUGAACGACAUCAAUGAUACUAAAGACAAUCGUAAGAACGUUUUAGGAAAGGUUAAUCCAAGUAUUACACUUAACGAUAGAUGUGUUAAUCCUUGCGAAUUGAAAGCAUUGAAGACUGGACAAAUGAGGAUGCCUGUUGCUCCACCACCAAAGGCAAGACAAACUAAACAACAAAUGGAUCGCGAUAAUAAUCAUCAACAACGUCAAACUAAUUCUAAUAAUAAAAGAAAACGUGAACAAGAACCAAGAGAUAUAUUGGAUCUAAGUGGUGGUAAGAAGAUGGAUAUACAUCCUUUAAGAAUACCUCAACCUGUAAAAAAACACAAAGCUAAAUCACCGAUAAGAGAAAACAUACCAGGGAUGAUCGAUCAAGGCCAAGUGGUUACAUUGAUGAGUGGUCACAAAUAUUACAGAGCUUCACCUGGUUCUUUAACACCUGCAGCUCAUCGUGUCAACGAUUGUCCACUUCCUACACCUGGACGUACUCCAGUUUACGCUUCAACCGGAUUAUCAAGCUCGAUUAAUGGAAAUCGUACAAAUUCUAAUCUGACCGCCGCUUUUCCAUCCUUGAAAAGUAUUUUUGCUCUGAGCCAAUCACCGAGUCUUCAGCAGUUUCAAAUGGACGCGAUGUUUAGAUUACCUCGGGCAGGAGUAGGAAAUAGUGGUGGUGUUAGUGUUGUAGGUGGAAUAAGAGAUAAUACAAUUCCAAAUAAUUAUCUAACUAAUAAUAUAACUAAUUCCGAAAGUGCUAGUGUUGGUGGUGGUAAUAUAUCUGGUAAAAGUCAUUUAGCUGCACAAUGUGCCCCAGUGAAACCCGCCAGAUCAUCAGUUGCACCAUUAGCAGUUCCUAUAUCCAAACAUCAAUCAAACGAACGGACUGUUUCCAAUUGUUUAAACAGAAAUGAUACUAACAAAAAUGUGACGCUUAGAAAUAAUGAUAAUUCUUCUAUAAAUACUGGUGAUCUUUCUGAAAGACUAUCCGUUCAGCCAAGAUAUUCACCAGCUCCUGAAAAUACGGACAAAUUUUCAGGUAGAAAAGAUAACGGAAAGUCUGGCAACAACGAUGACAAAACUACGACAUCACCAACAAUCCCGACUGAUCUUAGUUUAGAAUCGAUUCCAGAUAAUUCCAAUGAACGUAACAAUUCUCCAAGUCAACAGCAACAACAGCAACAUCAGCCACAACAGCAGCAACAGCAACAAUACAAUCGUGAAGCUGCCAGUCCAAGAGUUUCAUCAACAGCUUCACCAUCUCCACCACCUAGUGAAAGUAACAGCAACGUUUGCAAUGAUGAAAACAGAAACAGACAACACGAGGAGGAAAGUUCUGUUAAUCGACCAGAUGAUAACAAUCGGAACACUGAUUUAUCAGUAGCAGUUUCAAAAAAUACCUCAAACACCGAAACAUGGAAUUCCAAGUCACCUGUAAGUCCAGACUCAAGUUCUGUAGCUGCCGAGAGUAAUCAUCUUUCUAAAAAUAAUCCAAACAACUCGGAUCAACUUCAAACACCAUCAUCUAACCAAGAAACUGAACGUAACCUUAAAGUUACUGAUUCCCCAACAACCAAAUUGGAAUCUAAUGAAAAAUCGUCCACAGUUGAUUUGGACAAUAGCAAAAUAAGUGGCAAAUUAUUGGAUAACAAACAAAUGACUUCAGAAAUGUUGCAAAAGAAAUUUUUAGCAGUUUUUCCAUCGAACGAAUGGGCAAACAAUCCAAUUGCUGCUGAACAUUUGGGUAAUUUUUUAAAAAGUUUGAACGAAUCCAUUAAAACGGAAAACAAUACAACGGCGGACCAAACUAACGCUGAUAAGAAGAAGACUACUAAUGAAAGUGAUAAUAAGGAUUGUGCUACUAAUAAAGUGACUUACGCAACGAACAAUGAAGUUUCUUCGAAUCAACAAAAGGAAAUACAAUCUGAACGAUCAUCGUAAUCGUCAAUUGGGUUUCAAUUAUUUUCUUUUAAUGAUGAAAAAUAGGAGGAGGAGGGAUCAUCAUUCUCCUCCUUUCCUGUUUACGAUUCUCAAAGAACUCUUUUUACGAGUCAAGACACUGCCAUUUAAUUUUAAUUACCUGCUUUCUUCUUCAUUGCGCUCACAAAUGCAAUGUGCGAAAUACAAGAAGAAGAAGAAGAAGAAGAAGAAUAUUUUGAGAUGUGCGUUAAAAAAAAAAAA